AUGUAUGAGGGUAAAAUAAUGAAUUUAAUUAACGUCGACGUUUGUCGCGCCGUCGCGCGCCACUUCGCGCCGCGCGCGCGUCCGGGCGGCGCGGAGUCAACCGAUGUUUCCGCGUAUCGUGAUAUCCGACCGUUUAAGUUUGAAUUCUGUGCGUGGGUGUUGACGGAACACGACCGUUGGAGCUCGAUGGGCACGUUAACUUUUGGGCCAGAUUCUGUCGCGUAUGACGCACCCUCGCGCGCGCCGAAGCGCGUCUCCGACCGUGUCGACGGCACGGAAAGGUUGUAAGAAGGCUUCUCAGCGAUCUUCAGCCUCGCUGGGAGGAGCAGAGGCAACGACGGCUCCCGCUUGCGACGACGAAGACUGGCGCGCUCAAGUGGCCAAAGAUGCUCGUGAGGUUGCCGUUUCUUUGCUCGCGAACAAACGUCGCCGGGAGGUUUCUGUUUCUGAUACUAUACUAUACUUAGGGCUAGCUCAUUCAGGCGAUGUGAAACGUCCGUGACGACGCGCUCAUACGUAAAUUCUUGCAUGAAUGCGCGAGCAUUUGCUGUGAUUUCACGCAACCUCGUUAGCGAUUCGCCAUCGGUGUUCGCCACAAUCUUCGUUUUCUCAGCCAAAUCGUGCAAAUCUUCGGAUAUUCCGAUGAAGUGUAUCACAUCUACUAGCUUGUCGCUGUAAGUGAUCGAUUUCUAAAAAAGUUGCACGAGGUAAAAACACCCCGGCGGAGUCCUCACCCUUUACCCAUACUCUUGAGUCAUGAACGGCC